AUGGAUUGCAAAGUUCCUAUUGUUGAAAUCCUUCUUAUCUUAGGGUUUUUGCUACCCACCGUGAAGGGAGAGACUAUCCAAGCUACAGAAGGUAUUGUUCUUGCUGAGGAGCUUGGUAAAAUGUUGGCCAAUGACAGAGAACUGGCCCAGGAAUGGUUGGGACUGAUGAACUCCAGUGGAACUGAUGAAGAGAAAGUAAAAAAUCCUCCUCCUCAAAAGGCACCGGAAUCGAACUCAGAUAAGGUGAAAUCAAAUUCUGGCACCUUCUACAUCACAAGGAGAGACUAUGUGAAUCAAGGCUGGUGUAAAACACAGACAUUCAAGCAAGCCAUUCAUGAGGAAGGCUGCAACAUUUACACCUUUACCAAUAGAUUCUGUUACGGGCAAUGUAAUUCCUUCUAUAUCCCGUGGCACAUCAAUGAUGAAAGAGGUGUCUUUCAGUCCUGUUCCUUCUGCAAACCAAAGAAAUUCAUCACCACCUCAGUGACACUGCACUGCCCAGACCGUUUGCCCCCAAGGAUGAGAAAGAAGAUCAGACAAGUUGAAGAGUGUCAUUGUAUGACCAUACAUUUGGACUAG